AUGUCUCGCGCUCAACCCUCGCAAAAGCGUUCGCUCGACGAUUCAUCCUCCGAUGCUAGCAAACGCCAGCACCACAUGCUUCCGCAGAUAUCCCGUGACGAUUAUAGCGAACGGGUCCAUCUUUCCCGAGACGUGGUUGUUGUGGAAGAACUCAUUGACAAGUACGGCUUGAAUUUGGAAGAUGAGAAUCGAUCCUUCUCCGAACAGGACUACGCCGACAUCUUCUGUACAAUCGUAUUCAACGAACGCCGGAUACACAAUGACUGGGUCUACUUAGGCGAAGACACGACGGAGCGGCUCCGCUUGUUACAAAAGGCCAUCAAAGUCGCCGGAGAGCCGCUGAGAGAUGCUUUGAAAAACGCAUCGGAGGAUAGGAAAUUCCAUUUAAUUCGAAACGCCGCAUUUCUCCGCGAACCGUUCCAGACCGAACCUGUGGAUCCUCUGCGCAGGGGCGUCGGAGACGAUGGAUCGCGUGUGGUAGAGAAGGCAUGGCGCACACCGUAUGUCUUGAAUCGUCAUGAAGUCCUGGUAGACAUUAUCACCAAAAUGAAAAAGAGCGGAGAGGAAUUGGCUGACCGGAAGACACAACCUGCCGACUACCGAAACACUGUCACUAUUGUUCAGAGUUCGGGAACCGGAAAAUCCAGGAUGGUAGAUGAAGCAGCACGCCUUGUAUUUACUCUUCCUUUCAACUUACGGGCCGAUAAAGAAUCAGAGGUGCAUGCCUAUCCACCACCCGAUCCAGAUGUCCGUGAUUACAUGACUAAGAUGUGGGGGGAGGAUGGGCUCCGUCUUCGAUAUCACGCGUUUCUCAUGUGUCUCUGCCAAUCAACCACGUCGGAGGUCCAAACGCUCUUUAACGGCCCGAAGAUUCCUCAAACAGAGUUCGCUAGCGAAUGGAGAAGCCAUCUUGCGAAGGUCAAUGUACGCGCCAACCUAUACAAAGCCGUCGUCGCUCAAGCUUCCCAAGCUUUUGAUUCUGUGUUCGAUCAACUUGUAAAUCCCACAACGGCAAUAGGAUCAUUUCAGGAGAAGACAAGACAAGCGAUAGGUGAUCUGCGGGAAGCUAUCGCUUCAAAGGUCAAUGACCUCGGAGGAAUAGUCGACAUUUUGUUGUACUUCGAUGAGGCUCACGAAAUGACGAACACUCGUCCUGCACCUUACAAAGAAAAGAAUUAUUACAACGUAUUCCUUUCGGUCCUCAACGAUUAUAGGGAUCAUCCGCUUUUCGUCAUAUUCCUUUCCACCAUUUCACACAUCGCCGACUUCGCCCCUUCUCGAGAAAACGCUAACUCUUCUCGCGCCUCUAAGAGCGGGGCGCUCCAGCCACCAAUCACGGAGACUCCCUUCGACUGCGCACCGCAUAUCAUGGUAGAGGAAAACGUUUAUGAUCGGGAAGAGAUUUCGGAAUUACACUUCAUCGGUCGCUUUGGUCGACCUCUGUUCUGGACUACCCUCGCACAGAUCCCAGAGACGUACCACGAAAUGAUCCAAGGAUUUCUCGCGACUUUACGCACCAAGCUAACCAACAUUCAGGACCCUUUCGUUUCUCCCAAGGGGUGCGAUAACCUUGGCCGUCUGGCCGUCGCGGACGUUCGUCUUUGCCUCCAGUAUGAGCCGAACAUAGAACGGAGUCAAGCUCUCGAUGCGCAAGCAAAGCUAGUCGCAAGUCACAUGCGUAUCGUGUACUCCGUUCCCGCUCAUCGUGAAUAUAUUCGCUCGGGUUAUCCGAGCGAACCGCUGUUGGCAGAGGCGGCCGCUCAGCAGCUGCAUUACUGGCGUGAAUUGGAUCCAUCAAUUCUGCUUGACACCGUCCAGGAGUUCAUGAAGAACGGCCUUCUCGAUCGAGGGGAACGAGGGGAGGUUGUCGCUCGCAUGCUCAUCCUCGAGGCCUACGACCGCGCCGUUGCCAAAGCCUUUCGCAAGUCGAAGACUCGAGAAGAACCACUUUUCAGCUUUGGAUGCCGUCUCAUAGACUGGAUAGAGACGAUUUUCGUGGAGAAGGUGGCUCAAGAUAUCCUGAACAGCACACCGGCUAACUGUGGAAAUGAAACGUUUCGGGAGGUAUUCAAGGACGCGUGGAUCCGAUUUACGCAUUUCGCUAAGGCAGGCGACGACCACAUAUUCAACACGCAUUCCAUGUUCGCAGCUUUCAUUCGAUGCAUGGCGUUCGUCUGCAGGAGUGGAGAGAGCUUCAUCGAUCUCAUCAUCCCUGUUCUCCUCUGGAACGAGAAGAUCGGAUCCUCCGUCAUGACCGCUAUUUUCAUCCAAGUCAAGCGUCGAAUGAAAGCCGGCAAGUACCAUUUCGAUGCAGAGAAACACUUCCACUUCUUCCAUCCCGAGCCCGACCGUCCCAAGCAUCCCGGGGACCACCGCCCCUACGUCACGCUCGUCAUGGACCUUGGCGUGCAGAAUCCCCUCCCUCAGUACGCUAAGCUUCCGAUGCAGGAUGUGAUCAAGAAAAGGCAGCAGGCCCAAGAGCGUAGGAUGCCUACGGCGACGUCUUCAAAGGAAAACCUCCCACGCACGGCGUCGUCAAGGUCAAAGAAGAACGCACCACCCACGACACCCCCCAAGUUACAGGGGAAAAUGCCACCCACGACACCCUCGAAGCACGCGGUCUCUGCUGGCCCUGUCAAUCGUCCUCAUCGUGGUCGGAAGCAGAAACACCCACGCUAUGAGAUCUAUGUCUCUGGAUGCUCUAACACGAACUACAAUCUCAUCACGGAAGAACAGCGGGUGAAGUACAGGGAGGUACUCCGUUUGUCGGAGUUCUUACUCGAGCAUCCUCGCAAAAACACGAUACCCCUGGUGAUGCAAAUGAAACCGGUUUUUGCGCUUGGUCCAAACAGCUACUCCUGGAUCAGAUCAUCCGUGCUCAACCCGACGGAUCUUCAGGAUAAUGGCGAGGAUAUAGGCGAGGAUAUAGUUGAGGGGCACAUCGUCGGUCACCCGGAGUCAGAGUCAGAGUCGGAGUCAGAGUCGGACUGGGACCGUCUGGAUGUGGAUAUGGAUAUGGAUUGA